UUCACCUACGAGCGCAAAUGGUACACCCGCAAGGACCUCGCCAGGCACAGGAUCCACGGGGAUCCCGACGACACCUCUCACCGGGGCCAUCCCCUGUGCAAAUUUUGUGACGAGCGGUAUUUGGAUAAUGACGAGUUACUGAAACACCUUAGGAGAGACCACUAUUUUUGCCACUUCUGUGAUUCCGAGGGGGCGCAGGAGUAUUACAGUGAUUACGAAUACCUCCGAGAGCAUUUCCGGGAAAAGCACUUCCUGUGCGAAGAGGGCCGGUGCAGCAGCGAGCAGUUCACCCACGCCUUCCGGACGGAAAUCGACUACAAAGCCCACAAGACGGCCUAUCACAGCAAGAACCGGGCGGAGGCCAGGCAGAACCGGCAGAUCGACCUGCAGUUCAACUAUGCGCCGAGGCACCAGCGGAGAAACGAGGGUGUUGUGAGUGGUGAAGACUACGAAGAGGUUGACAGGUACAACCGGCAGGGGAGAGGAGGCCGGGCCGGGCCGCGCGGCGGACAGCAGAACAGGAGAGGCAGCUGGAGAUACAAAAGGUCAGAGGGCACAGGUUGCCUUCGGGGGGGGCCUGGGGGUGUCUCUGGGCUUGGAAGGGCCUGGAGCUGGGGUUCUGGGAUCAUCGGAACCCGCUUGCGA